CCCGGAACUAAUCUUGUAUACCUAAACAUGGGGAUCUUGUUUGGGACGGACCGGAUGUGUAUUUCACUUCGCACCAGAGAAAACGUUCAGGUUUAUACGGACUGAAAACGGGAAUGGAUCGGUACUCUAAAUCAGAUAGGUUGGAAUAUUUGCAGGGGCUUGUGACAGAAUUUCAGGACACUGACAGUGAAGAAGCUAAAGAGCAAAUUCUGGCCAACCUGGCCAACUUUGCCUAUGAUCCACGUAACAUGGAAUCCUUGCGGAUGCUUCAGGUCACUGAGCUUUUCUUGGAUAUGCUAACAGAGGAAAACGAGAAUUUUGUGGAGUUUGGAAUUGGUGGCCUGUGUAACCUCAGCAUGGACCAGGAGUGCCGUGAUCAAAUUUUGCAAAGCGGAGGAAUUCCUUUAGUCACAGGAUGCUUGUCGAGUCACAGGGACGAGGCUGUUUUGUCCGCCAUCACGACAUUAAUGAACCUAACCACUGCAGCAUCAUGCUCCCAAACCACAGACAGUGCAGUGGUGCAGUGCAUGGUGCGUUUAUCACUUACACAGAAUCCACGCCUCAGCAAUCUGGCCACAGUUUUCCUGCAGGAUUACUGCACUCAGGAUCAGGUAGACAAAGCCAGAGAACUGUUACAAGGACAAAGCCAGUCAGCUGUUGGGAUUCCUCUCCCUAAGGAUUAGGACCUUAUGAUUUCUUUAGCUUAGUGAAGAUGGACAAUAUAAAACCUCCAAUAGACCUUGUGUAGAUUUGUUUUUCAGCAAUACUAUGAAGGAUGAAUUUCUUUAUAUAAUGUGUUACAGGCACUGCUUCAGUGUUCCUCAGGUUGAGUCCUGCAGAGAUAUAACUCUCAGUUUAAUGAGUUCUCUACACAUAAUUAUAUCAGAAUGAGGUUUAUUUAUUGCCUGCGGAAAAAAAGCUGUUCCUGUGUCUGGCAUUUUUGGUAAGCAAAGCUCUGUAGCGCCUGCCAGAAGGGGCGUUAUAUCACAGAAGGCUUGAUGGUGAUUCAGUGUACAGUUGCCUAAAGGAACAUUCUUGAUUUUUCCUUGUCUUACAUGUGUGCUGUGUGCUGUUGGCAUGCAGCACUAAAUCAGCUCUCUCAGCCAAGGUGGAAAAGUGGGCAUAAACAUAAACAGGACAUUUCUCCCAGUGUUUCUGUAACAGCAGCUAAUAGCAUUUAUUCAGUUAAUUUAAUAGUGUUAGAAUUUAGUCAUUUCCCUGCGUCUAUCUUGAGCUCAGUUUACUGUGAGGUGCUUGUUCUCUGGGUCCAUGUGUGUUGUUUUUUUAAUUUGUUUUAUACUUAACGCAUGCUGUUAAAACACACACACUUUCACUGUUGUGGGCAAUGUCGAAUAGCCGUUAGCAGUGAAUGUGUGUUUCAACAGAGUCCCAGUCAGGGUAUUUUCUUGCCUCAUGACACUGUUCAUUGGAUAGACUUCACAUAAACCCUGACCCUGAGCAAGCUACUGAAAAUUCACAGGCAAAACUCAUAUUGCACAUAAGUUCAUAAAUUCUCAUAGAAUCUGCAAUGAUUUUGUUUAUAGUAUCUGCUGACAGAUGGAAUAUUCCUUCUCAUGCUGUACAUGUCUCCCUUGCUUCUUGUCUUGCUGCUACCUGGCUGAAGUAAAAGAAGUGUACUUUAUCUUGAUUAAUUUGUCAUCCUCCAAAGAGCCAUUUUUUAGCACAAUGGCUAAAGAAUUUUUCGUGAGAGUUUGUCUUGGUACCUCCUGCAUAUUGGCUGAUGGCAGAAUCCAUUCACAUUUCAUAUGUGUUCCUUUAAUUGUAGAUGAUGCAUGGGCAGUGUAGCGUGCACUAGGCUCGCCUGAGAUGUAGAGAAUUUUUACCAAAUGCUAAAGACUUCUAUGUUGACUUCUGGCAUAUUUUGAAAUAAUAAAGGUUUUGUUUAU